AUUUGGUCUGUUCUCAGUUUCAAAAAUAAUGUUGAGACACAGGAAAAGCCCCGUCAGACCCUGACCUCCGACAGAAAUGCGAGGAUACCACCUCGUGUCUCAGAUACCGCUGUUGAGCCCAACAUCUCUGUUCAACUGUGUACCUUCACAACCAGCCAUGGAGGACAUCGGCUGUGUCUGCUAUACGGGCGCCACGUGUAACACCCCCGACGGCAAGGACUUCCGAGACAAGGGUGCGCGACAUCUGCGAAGGUUGUCGUUUGUUCAGUUUUUCACCAGCAUACCAUGUAUAGUCGUUGGAAUAGCUUCAAUGGGCGUGGCUUUAACAAAUCCAAACUAUCCACAGAUAAAUGGAUACGCUCUCAUCACGGGAAUAUUAGUGCUGGUUGGAAGUAUAUCCGGCAUAAAAGCUACGAACAGUGUCGUUUUGGAAAAUGCUGAAAUUCUAGUGAAAAGACACGUUUUGGUGAACUAUGUCAUGAACAUUUUAUGCCUGACCUUCGCCUCGCUCCAGUUCGGGGCCACGGGGUGGGCAGUUGGUGAAUGUAUUUCAACCAAUCAGGACGUCGCUGCCAAAUGUGAGCCAUACACGACAGUCAGUGUCGUCCUUGGAAUCACACUUAUCUGCCUGGGAGUGAUUCUGUUCAUCACCUGCCUCAUAGGAACAAUCUUCUUCUGCGUCUUCGCUCGUUCGUUUGGAUUCGUGAAUCAGUAUGCGACCAUGCAGCGGGAAAUAGACUCAUUACGACAACGGAUAGAUGAGCGGGAAUCGAACUGUCAAAACAACGUGCUGGUCUCAACAGAGACAAGAAUUCACGAAGAAGGAGCAUAUCCAGUUUGUACGUUUGUGUAG